UAAAUUAAUAUUAUAAUUAUUAGUCAGUUAACAGUUUAUGCUUUUAGAUUGCUCAGUACUCUUCUUCUUACUAACAAUUUCAACUUCUUGAAUAUGUUUAAUAGAGGUAAAAAAAUACUCUAAAUUCAAUUAACAGGUGAUUUUAGUGCUAUUAUGGCAGUCACUGCAACCGAUGCGAUUCAUCCACGUUUCGUAAAGAAACCAUUAUUUUACAGUAUUGGACUUAAAAUAGCUUUAGUUCAGUUAUCAGUAGGUAAAGAUAAGAGUAAAAAUGUGGCCCAAGCAGUAAAAAAAAUUCACCAAGCUAAAGAGAAGGGAGCACAGCUAGUUGCACUGCCCGAAUGUUUUAACUCUCCUUAUGGAACCAAAUACUUCAAUGAGUAUGCAGAAGAAGUGCCAUUGGGUGAGACAAGUCGUGCCUUAUCCCAAGCUGCUGCAGAUGCUGGUGUAUGUGUUGUAGGUGGAACAGUCCCAGAGAGAUGUGGAGACAAACUUUAUAAUACUUGCACUGUGUGGGAUAUCAAUGGAAAACUAAUAGCCAAACAUAGAAAGAUGCAUUUGUUUGAUAUAGAUAUUCCCAACAAAAUAACAUUCAAAGAAUCUGAAGUAUUAUCACCAGGUAAUGAGUUAACUAUGUUUGAAUGCAAUGGUGUGAAAAUCGGUUUGGGAAUAUGUUACGAUCUUCGCUUUCAAGAGAUGGCCCAUCUUAUGGCCAAUGAAGGUUGUGGCUUACUUAUAUAUCCGGGUGCAUUCAACAUGACAACUGGGCCUAAGCACUGGGAGUUGCUCGGGAGAGCCCGAGCGACAGAUCAGCAACUCUGGGUCGCUCUGGUAAGCCCUGCACGGGAUGUAAAUGCGGAAUAUGUGGCUUGGGGACAUACUACACUUGUAGACCCAUGGGGAGCAGUGGUUGCUAAACUUGAUGAGAAGGAGGAUACUCUUGAACACACUGUUGAUUUAUCUAUGGUUGAGGAGGUAAGGAGCUCUAUUCCCAUCAGGGUUCAAAGGAGGACCGAUAUCUACGAGACCCUGCGCAAAUCCUGAAGUCAGCAUUGUAGUGCCAUAGCUUUACCAAUAUUUUAUGAUACAAUAAUUGAUAUUGGUAAUGCAAUAGUUAAUAGAUAUUGUUAUUUUGAAAUUUGUUGUUUAAAGUAUAUGUAUAUAUCCCGGAAACCAAGUUUGGAAGAAAUAAUAAUAAGAGGGGUAUUUUAAAUAAUGUUCUAUAUAUAUAUUAUAUAUAUAGAUUUUAACAAUAAAGGCUAAAUAUUGUACAAAUUUUCUCAAUUUUUGUUAUUCAGAUCUGAUCAUGGCCACUUAUAACCAAAGAAAAUUGUGCGAAGAUAUUCGAUUUAUGUACAUUGUUUGAUAAAUACAUUUAUUACAUAUUUUUAUUACAA